AUGAGCGCAGACGACUCGCAUCGCUUCGCCAAGGCGCCGCACCUCUGGGCGCUUGGCGUCGGCGCCGUGGUCAGCGGUGAUUUCUUUGGCUGGCAAGCGGGCUUGAGCGCCGGCUUUUGGGGCCUCGCGAUCAAUUUGCUCAUCGUCUCGGUGCUCUACAUUCUGCUCUCGUUCUCGAUCGCCGAACUCUCGACGUCGAUUCCAUGCGGCGGUGGACCGUAUGCAUUUGCCCAUCGUGCGCUGGGUCCGACGGCCGCGUACUUUGCCGGUCUCGCCGAAGUGCUCAAGGUCAUCGUCACGUGCGCGGUCGUGUCGGUCGGUAUUGGCAGCUACAUCAUUCAGCUCUUCAGCUGGAGCAGCAGCAACAGCGGGCCAUUGUGGUGGGCGCUCUUCUUCGUGCUCUUCACCGUGCUCAACAUUGCCGGCAUCGCGCUCAGCUUCCGCGUCCAGCUCUUUGCGACCGUGCUCUCGGUGCUGAUUCUCGUCGUGUUUUACAUUGGCGCGGCCACGCAGUUUAGCUACGACCAGUUUAUCGCAACGCCCCACAUGGAGUUUGUCGACGGCUCGAAAGGCCUCGUGACCGGCCUCUCGUUCGCUAUGUGGUUCUACCUCGGUAUCGAAGAGCUCCCGCUCGCGGUCGAAGAGACGAUCGACCCGGCGUACAACAUGCCCCGCGGCCUCCUCUCGUCGAUCGCCACGCUGUUUGUGCUGUCCUUUUGCACGCUCUUCUUCAACUCUGGCAUCAGCCCGGGCGCCGACAAGUUUUUUGCCUCGACGUCGCCGCUCCUCGACGGCUACAAGAGCGUCUUUGGCGACAAUGCGACGACUGCCGGGUUUUCGUGGCUCCUCAUUGUCGGUCUUCUCGCGAGCUUCCACUCGUUUAUCUUUUGCAUGGGCCGGCUCCUCUUUGCCAUGGCGCGCGACGGGUUCCUGCCCGCGGUGCUCAAGCGGCUGCACCCGACCAACCACACGCCGUACGCAGCGCUCAUUCUCGGGUCGUGCGUAGCGCUGAUCUUGGCGAUUUCGUUGCACUUUGCCAUUGGCGACGUGCGCCUCGGCUCGGUCAUGAUCAACUUGGCGCUGACCGGCGCGCUCAUCUCGUAUGCCUUCCAGCUCGUGUCGUUCAUCCAGCUGCGCCGCCACGAACCCGACCUCCCGCGGCCGUACAAGUCGUUCUUUGGCGUGCCGGGCGCCGUCGUCUGCCUUGUGUUAUGUGCCUACGCGAUGACGGCGAUCAUCUACCAAGGCGUCGUGUCCCCCGACGACUUUUUGGUCGCGAUUGUCAUUGCAAUCGUCUACUUUGUCGGCGGCACCGUGCUCUUCUACACUUUGAUCCAGGCCAACAUUGUCGCCCACGGUCGACUCGACAAGACGCUUUUGUCACCGGGCAGCCGCGACGCCGGCGUCAACCACGCGUAAUGUCUCUGUAUUUUGGGCGUAUCUUGCUGGCCUCUUUAUAACGUGAAUGUGUGUACCAAUAUCGUUGCCA